UCUCUCUCAGUAAGCUUCAGUUCUCGUGUGAACAAGCAGCACUUUUUUUCUUAUGCGAUCAUUUUGAGGUUUUUCUUUUCUUUUAUAAAAGUAACACUAAAGAUCAGCCACCUUUUCUGCCACUUUCAUGGAAGAAUUGUGGGAGUACUUCGUGGAUUUUGCGGUGCGCCCACGCUGGUUCUGGUGCGGGGACAUUCAUUCGGGGAAUGCUGGAGUGAUUUGUGCGGAUCUGAUCUGACGCCGGAGGACAGCAGCUAAAUGCGGCUGACUGCAGAACCUGCACCGGGGUCCAGCAUGAACAGCAGCGGAUCUGGAAACUUCCUGCUGGUUCCCAUCCCGGAGUAUCCUCUGCUGGACUGUGUGCCCAACAAGACCGUCAAGAUCGUGGUGCUGGGAGCCAGCAACGUCGGCAAAACAGCUCUGAUUGUCCGAUUUCUGACUAAGAGGUUCAUCGGAGAUUAUGAAGCAAACACUGGCGCCCUCUACUCCAGAAAAGUCACACUGGAUGGGGAGGAGGUGUCACUUCAGAUCCAGGAUACACCCUGUGUCGCCCUCCAGGAUGACGCUGAAGGUCUAUACUGCCAGGAGCAAAUCAACAGGUCGAUCUACUGGGCCGAUGGCUACGUGCUGGUUUUUUCCAUCACAGACCACAACAGCUACAGAACCAUCCAGCCACUGUACCAGCACGUCCGACGUAUACACCCCUCUGGAAACAUACCCGUUAUACUGAUUGGCAACAAGAGCGACCUGCUCAGAGCUCGGCAAGUCCCACCUGACGAGGGAGAAACCUUAGCUGCUUCGUUAGGGGGUGUUUACUUUGAGGCCUCAGCCAGAGAAAACCAUGAGGGAGUCCAUGCUGCCUUUCUCCAUCUGUGUCAGGAGGUGAUCCGCGCACUCGGAGGUGGAAAUGGAGAAAAAAGGAAAGGAGGCCUCCACCUAGCCAGACCAAAAUCUCCAAACAUGCAGGAGCUGAAGAGGAGGUUCAGGCAGGUCCUCUCCUCUAAAGUCAAGUCAGCCACAACUCUGUGACCACCGGAUGAACCGCAGACAUGACAAAGAUAUAAGCUUCCGUUGGAAAGGAAACAGGUUACAACUGUAGAGUCUCUUGAUUGGAAAGCUGAAGACUAAUGUCAACAGUUGUCCAUACUGAAGAGUUUGGACUUUGACGACAUAACGAUGUACAGCCGAACUCUGCAUUCUAAAGCCCAAAACCUCCAUCAGGACAAGGUUGGAUAAAGACUCAAGAAAACUAUCUAACAGCAAAUCUGGUCUCCUCUGUUUUGGAUGAUGCUUGUGGUGAAGACAACUUAUUUCCAGACUUAAGCACAAUAAGAAUAACCUAUUUGGCAGCAUAAUUAUGAAGAUAAUUUCAAUUUAUUUCAUUGUAAUUUAUACAAACAUCCACAUUCUAUUGAAGACAGGUCAGGACUGCAGGCAGGCCAGUCCAGUACCUAUAUCCUUGUCUUCCAUCUCAUUACAGGCCCUAAAUCGACCAUGUCCCAGUGAUUUUUGGAAUGUGUUGCUGGCCUUAAAUGCAGGAAUAGGUGCAUAUUAAAUUAAAUGAAGUUGAAAACAUAAAAC